AUGAGAAAUAAAGCGCUUUAUUGUGCAGCGAGAGGCAGCUCUAAAACAAUAGAUGAUCUGAAUGGGCUUGAGAUGGAGGAACGGCUUUGUGCCGGCUCUCAAUUAGACUACAGUAGUUAUAAGGUACGUGUGGCCGCUUCCACCGCCGUGGGGGAAAGUCCACUGACAGAUGAAGACUACAUCUUCGUUAUGACACUAGAGGAUGAGCCGGAUUCACCCCCACGGGAUCUGGCCGUAGUGAAAACCACCUCCUCCACCGCUUCUCUCACCUGGUCUCCGCCAGAGAAACCCAACGGCAUCAUCCGCCUGUAUGAGGUCUCCUACACCAACGGCACAUACAGCAACACAGUCAACAGCACAUCACCCAGUGCCACACUGACUAACCUGAAGCCUUACACACACUACAAUGUGACUGUCCGUGCGUUUACUCUACACGGACACGGGAACCAGAUUUCUGAUACUCUACAGAUGCUGUCGGGGGAGGAUGUGCCUGGCAGCCCACCAUACGAUUUGACCUAUGAGUACAUCGGAUCCAGUGAGGUGAAUGUGUCAUGGUCACCCCCGCUUCUCGCAAAUGGCAUCAUCUUGAUCUACAAUGUAGAAUACUGGAACGCCACACACAGUCUGAACCAAACCACACAAGUGCCUUAUGUCAUCCUGUCCAACCUGCGAAAGUAUGCACGCUACCGUAUCAGCGUACAGGCCGCCACACUGGUCGGCUCUGGAAACCACACGAGCGAGAUCCUGAACAUCACCACAUUGGAGGACGGUCAGUGUUCUUUCCCCUCCAAAAUUCCUAAUGCCAGGAAAUUGUCUGAUACUGAGGUAGAGUUGUCCUGGGAACCUCCAGAGGAGGCUAACUCUGAGGUUUUAUACUACAUAGUGAGAGUGUGGAAUCUGAGCUCUGAGUUUGUCGCCAAUGUGACGGAAACAUCAGUGGUGGUGAGUGUGGAUGGACUGGGUCAAUAUAAUGCCUCCGUGAGCAGCUGGACUCGACUCGGAGAUGGAGGAAUCCUGAUUUAUAUCACGUUCAGUACCAUAGAAUCAGCCCCCUCUGACCCUCCACAGAAUGUAUCAUACACACUCCUCACCACCACUACAGUACAUCUCAGCUGGAGUCCUCCAAACCAACCCAACGGCAUCAUCCAAUACUAUACCAUCUACUACACGGACAAUACAGAAAACAACACAAAGUUUACGCAGGUAUAUAUACUCAAACAGAUGAGUAUUGAUCUUUUUAAAGACACUAAACAUGAUGGUAUUACGGUUCCUGGUUCAGAGCACUGGUUGGUGUUGUCUGAUCUGAAGGCAGGACAUGAGUACAGUGUAUGGAUGAGUUCCAGCACUUCUGUUGGUGAUGGGGAAGUGUUCAGUCCCCAUCUAAACUUCACCGCGUUAGAGGACGUUACUGGAGAAUCACCCAGCUUCAGCAGCUCAGUUCAGCCCAAAGCAAUAUCUCUGCCGAGUGGUCCCGUCCACAACCUCACUGCUAUGAUCUAUAGCUCUACGGCUGUUGUGAUCAGCUGGGACCCUCCUCUGGAGCCCAAUGGCAGAGUCUUCUAUCAGCUGAGCCUCCAAGAGGCGGGUACGACCCACCCGUCCAUCAACCGCACAGUCAACACCACCAUCACCAAAACUACCACAGACAACAUCUACCUCUUUACCAAGCUCAGGAAGUAUUUUCCCUACAUCAUAAAAGUCACCCCAGCAACCAGUGCUGGAUCGGCUUUAAACCACACUGCAAUGCUGCCCCUGCGAACAGAUGAAGAUGUCCCAAGUUCUCCACCAUUGCCUGGAGCUAGUAGCAAUCUCUCCAGCACCUCCAUCUAUGUGUCAUGGUUCCCCCCAGUCGAGGCCAAUGGCGAGAUCAUAAAUUAUACUGCAGUUUUACAAGGUCCUGGAGCGUCAAAAACCUACACCACUGUAGAAACACACCUAAUGCUCUCAGAGCUCACUCCAUUUACACCUUACAAUCUCUCCAUCGCUGCGGUCACACGCAUAAAUGCCGGUCCCUCCGUGAUUAUUCCACUGCAGACUGAUGAAGCAGUCCCAAUGUCUCCACCACACAAUCUGAGUAUUUUUAACCACACUGUGAAUUCAGUGUGGCUUCAUUGGGAACCAAGUCCAGAGCCAAAUGGAAUCAUCCAGCACUAUGGUUUCCGAAUACUCGAACUAAACACAUACACUUUCAGAUAUCAGAACUCAUCAGAUGCAUCCACACAAGCAGAACUGAGUGGCUUUAGACCUCAUAAUUCAUAUAAUAUCAGCGUGUGCGCGUUCACUAGAGCAGGAAAUGGAGAUCAGUACAGCCUACCUGUCAUCUUCACCACCAAUGAAUCAGUGUCAGAUGCCGUUGGGAAUUUGACCUGUUCUGGAUUGGAUUGGAAUUCAGUCUACAUGAAAUGGGAGCUUCCGAUUCAUCCUAACGGAGAGAUUCUGUACUACAUCAUUCGCUCUGGAGAUCUAGAGGAGGAGGCUCAUCCUCUCGUGCUCACACACACAGUGGCACACACUUUCAUCGGCCUGUCACCGAACAUUUUCUAUGUCAUCAGCGUAGCUGCAGUUAAUUCAGCCGGAAUAGGGGACGAAGCCAACUGUACUGCACACACUCCACCUGAGUCAGUUCCUGGUCCGCCCCAGUCACUGAACAUAACGGAUGUUACCUCUGACAGUGUGUCUGUGAGCUGGCAGCGUCCCGUCUACGUUCCUGGUCUGUUGCAGGGUUAUAAUGUAGAGAUUCAGCAAUUGGCAAGAAAUUGUGUGCCAGAGCAGCACGUGGACUCCUGUGUGGAGAGAGAGUUUGAGGUGUGGGUUGAAGGAGAAACCAGUGGAGUCACACUUUCCCAUCUGCUGAAAUAUAGAGAUUACAGUAUCAGACUGGUGGCGUUCACCAGGGCUGGAGCCGGAGAACCCUCCAACUGGAUCCACACACAGACACUCGCAGGAAACCCUGAUGCCCCCCCUGGUAACAUAUCAGUGUCUGCUUCUCCCACUCAGUUAAAUAUUGAGUGGGACGAACCAUCGGUCAUCACAGGACCCACCUCAUACAUCAUUGACAUCGCUGAUUUGGAUGGUUUGGGAUACAACAUAAGCCUAGUGCGGCAUUCAGAGGAGACCAGGAAGGUGUUUGUCGGGAACCUGACUGCAUUUACCCUGUACUCCAUUACCAUCACCGCCUUCACGGGGCAGCUUUCCAACGCUCGCACAGACGGCAAAGCAUCUGAACCCGUUCUCGCUAGAACCCUGGAGAUUGAGCCCAAAGAUCCUCCCAAAAACUUGACAUUGACGGUGAUCCCAGAGGAAGUGACACGUGUUUAUGUAACAUUCUCUCCACCGGAUGAGCCGAACGGAAACAUCAGUGCCUACCGCGUCGCUAUCUAUCGAAACGGACAACUGGACUUCUACAUUAACAUGCUGCCUGUGAUCAGCAACUCUAAUAACACCAUGACAGCCAUUAUAGAUGGAUUGAAGGGUGGAUUCAAUUACAGCAUAAGGAUUGCAGCUGUGAAUGGAGCAGGUUUUGGACCAAGUUCAGAGGUUCAGGUCACCACAGGUGUGAAAGCACCACCCAAACCGUUGAAGAGGCCAAAAGCUGCUAUGAACAACGCAAAUGUCAUCAUCUCUACCUCCAAGACUAUCACCAUUGAGAUGCCAGAAUGUUUCUUUACAGAUGACCAUGGCCCAAUCCAAAAAGUCCAGGUCAUUGUUUCUGAACCAGCAGUGAUGGACUACGGAAAUCUGUCCAACUGGAAGAGUGUUUUCCUCUACCCUACUGCCCCAUACCUGACUGACGAAGGCUUUUCGAACCCAAAUUGCUUGGAGAAAGCAGAGCGCAUGGGUACACACAAUAGCACGUACGUUAUAGGAGCAGAUGAGAGCUGCCUGUCUGAAGAUGCCAAGACACUUUGUAACGGACCCCUUAAACCCAAAACAUAUUAUGUGUUCAAAUUUCGAGCAACAAACAUCCGUGGGCAGUACACAGACUCCGAGUACUCAGACAGGGUCAGAACCGCAGAUGACCGCCUGCUGACCAGAGACGAGCAGAUCAUUCUUGGGGUCCUGCUGUCAUUUUUCCUGGCGUUGUUUUUCAUUCUGAUUAUAUACGGAUCUGUCAAGAUCCACCGCAGGCAGAAGGAAGGCGGGACGUACUCCCCACGUGAGGCAGAGAUCAUCGAGACCAAGUUCAAGCUGGAUCAGCUCAUUACAGUGGCUGACCUGGAGCUCAAAGAGGAGAAGAUUAACCGGUAUUCCUCCUUUUUCUUUAGAAGGAAGGAGAUUUUUGUCAUCCAGCUGCUAAGUUACAGGAAAUCUCUCAAGCCAAUCAGUAAGAAAUCAUUUCUUCAGCAUGUGGAAGAUCUUUGUGCCAAUGACAAUGCCAAGUUUCAGGAGGAGUUUGCUGAGCUGCCGAAGCUGCUUCAGGAUCUGGCCACAUCAGACGCUGACCUGCCGUGGAAUCGCUCCAAAAAUCGCUUCACAAACAUUAAGCCUUAUAACAAUAACAGAGUGAAGUUACUGUCUGAGCCAGGAAUGCCGGGGUCUGAUUACAUCAAUGCCAGCUUCGUCUCCGGCUAUCUGUGUCCUAAUGAGUUUAUAGCCACUCAGGGUCCUCUGCCUAGCACCGUCGCAGACUUCUGGAGGAUGAUUUGGGAGACGGGGACCAAAACCAUCGUCAUGCUCACCCAGUGCUUUGAGAAGGGCCGGAUCCGCUGUCAUCAGUACUGGCCAGAGGACAAUAAACCCGUAACUGUUUUUGCUGAUAUCAUAAUCACUAAACUCACAGAAGAUGUGCAUCCUGAUUGGACGGUCCGGGCGCUAAGAGUGGAGAGGCAUGGAAGCUACAUGAUUGUUCAUCAUUUUAACUACACCUCAUGGCCAGAACACGGCGUUCCGGAGUCCAGCUCUACACUCAUUCAGUUUGUCAAAGCGGUUCGCUCACACAGAGGCCAUGACAACACAACCAUCGUGGUCCACUGCAGUGCUGGUGUGGGCAGGACUGGAGUGUUUAUAGCCCUGGAUCAUCUCAUUCAACAUGUGAGGGAUCAUGAUUUUGUGGAUAUAUAUGGCCUGGUCGCAGAGCUACGCAGUGAGAGGAUGUGCAUGGUGCAAAACCUGGCUCAGUAUAUGUUUCUGCAUCAAAGCACUCUGGAUCUGCUGUCUGCAAAAGGAAACAGUCAGUCCAUAUGGUUUGUAAAUUACUCUGCUCUGGAGAAGAUGGACUCAUUGGAUGCAAUGGAGGGUGAUGUAGAACUGGAAUGGGAAGAGACGACGAUGUAACAGGGACACUGUUCCUGUCAGUCUGGUGGUUGUGAGGAGACACUCAUUAAAAAUCCAGACACUGGGACUUUGGACCCUGGGGCCAAACACGCUGAGCAAAGGAUAAACGAGGAAUACAAUAGCAAACUGGAAUAUUCUCGCCUGAAUGGAUUGUCUCUGUCUCUCAACCUCUCAUUUGCAUCAGCCAGACAGCCUCAUCCAUCAAAGUAUUUUCUAAAGUUCUUGUCCAACUUCUGUAAUUAUUUUAUCUCUCCCUAGAAAGUGGUACACCACCUACUUAUGGACUCAAAUGGAUCAAACUCUAAAAAUAUGCCUGUUCCUUAAGGAAGUAGGAAUAUUCAGCAGUCAGGAGUGAGAAAUGAUGGGGCUUUUAUGUCCUGUAGUCAAAUGUAUUAUUAAUGCAGUUAUUAGGGAUGAGAAUCAUGAGAAUUUUUUCCUUAAUGGUUCUUAAUGAUUCUUUUGGUAAAUUUUUAUUUUAUUUGGAAAAAUGAUGAGAUUAUUUUAAACAGAACAGUAAGUUAUUUGCAUGCAUAGAACAUAUCCUUACACCAAGAAUGGAAAUUAUAACUAUAACAAUAUAUCUAUAACUCCA